AUGUUGGCUCGGAAAGGAGGUUUUGGUGUCGAUGAAUGUGAGGUCAAUUUUGACUCGUCAAUCGCGUUCUAUCGCGCCGACGCUGUCCAUGUUGGCGGGUGGAGAGAGAUGGGUAGUACAAGCUUGACUUCGGCCUUCCUAACGCCGGAUCCAAGCUUCAAUUGGUUCUUCCUCUUGGAGUUGAUUGUCUCCUGCAUUCUCGCUCUGUUCUUUUUGCUCUACUUCAAUCGACUCUUCGCGAACCUCAUCUCUUACGCCAUUCGAGCAUACACAUGGCACUACUACCGCGCAUAUGUUGAUAUCAACGCACUUCAAGUCUCCCUACUUGGUGGGAGAGUCUUCUUCAAGGGUAUUCGGUACCACGGCGUGAACGAGACGAUUUUUAUUCAUGGAGGAUUCAUAACAUGGCGCUAUUGGACGCGUACAGUCGAGCGAAACGACUUGAAUGGAAUCCGACGCAAGGCAGGCCUUUCUCAUCCUACCUCAACGGAAGGACAUGCGCGAUCCCCGAUUGAUGGAAGAGACAACAAUCUGGGGGAGCAAGGUGGCAUGGCGAAGACGACUGAAUUGCCGUGCCGGAUUACUAUCAAUACUUAUGGCCUUGAAUGGUUCAUCUACAACCGGACUCCCGCCUAUGACAGUAUCCUUGCUGGCUUUGGAUACUCCACCAAAAAUGUAGAUCCAGACGAGGAGAAUUCAAAACCCCCAGGGUCUCGCAGGACGGCAGAAGAUGACAACGCAAGCAAUGUUUUUGAUUUUGAAGAUACGUCUGGCCAUCGGCCAAGCAUGAAACCCAUGUCAGAGCGCAGCAUGAAUGAGGGAGGUGGGGAUGCGUCGCAGAGCACUACAAUUCGUGAAUCAGAACUAUCAGACCCUGUGUCCAACAUGUUACAACUCCUGCCUAUGAAGCUGGAUUGCCGGAAAGGCGCCAUUGUCAUGGGAAAUGAGCAUACCCGAUCCGUGUUGACAACAACAUUCGACACUGGAACGGGGACCAUCGAUGCUUCCAAUUCAGGCCCUCUUGAUUUGUAUCGUCAAGUUUUUUCAUUUCAACUUAAUAAUCCAGUGAUUCAGAUGCGACCAAACCCAGACUUCAAGCAGAACCAGUCGGUGACCGCCAAAGACCUAGGUGCGGUGCAAGAGAACGAGUCUGGAUCGAAAAAAAAACCGCAAAAUAUCUUCGAUUACCAAUUCCAGAGGCGCAGAGUAUGGCACAGCAUUCAAGACUUGGUCCCAUACUUCCAGACAUCUGUUGAAUCGUUCCACAUCGAUGGCAGACACACCAGUAGUAUGCCGAGAAGUCAGGCAGAGUUUCCUGAAGUCCGCUGGGCCGGCCUCUCUCGCUAUCUGGACGAGGGUAUCGAGGAUGAGCAUGAAAAAUGGAACGCUGUUGAAUACGGCAGGUUUUCUACUAUCGUUGAGAGUCCCAGCUUGAAUAUAGCCUACUUCUGGGACAUCCCUGGACGAGUUAUUAUUCAACCAACGGCGACUGUUCAGUCUCAAACAACGAAUAGCAACAUCAACCAUGCUCCUUCUCCGGAAUGGGGAAUUGACAUUAAAAUUGAUGGGGGUACGAUAAAUUACGGACCAUGGGCCGAUAGGGAGCGGGUUGGCCUGCAAAACAUUUUUUUUCCAAACUUCUAUCGCAGUGCUGAGCCGACAGAACAACUAGCCCCUGGUGUUCUGCGACAAAGCACGGCAUUUAGGUUGCGUGUGGAGAUCAACAAGCAAUUGACAUUGCGCAUUCCAACACGAGAGGCUUCCAAGGAUUGGCAAUGGAAGGGUCGUGCUGAUGCUGUUGGGGGUGCAUCGAGAGCCAAAAAGCCAAAUGACCAGAAGAAUGCUCGAGUCAAAGAAGGUGAAAAAGGCUUUCUUGGCCCUGAAAUUCGCCCUUUUGGGUGGCUUUCCCUCUGUGUUGCCGCCGACUCUACCAUCAACUACACCAUGGAUAUGGUGGGAUCGAGCGCAGGGUUUCGCAAUGAGCUCUCUAUCGACCUGCGAGAUUCAAGAUUAUCAUCCAGCAUCAAUCAUGGCUUGCUCUGGCAAUGUCCUCGGCAUCGGAUCACUUGCGAUCUGUCCAAUCCACUCUCCUGGAAUAGUCUUCGCUCCUGGAAAUUUGCUGCCGAAAGUCAGGACCUACAGCUAUUUCUCCUUCGUGAUCACAUAUUCCUUCUCUCAGAUCUUGUAAGUGACUGGGCUUCUGGGCCGCCCUCAAACUACUACACAUUUGUGCCUUUUAUUUACAACAUCGAUCUCAAUUUCUCCGACCUCCAACUUUACAUGAAUGUCAACGACCGAAACAUCAUCAGCAAUCCUUCGGAUCUGGAGGACAACCGAUUCAUUGUCAUCAAAGGCAAGCGUUUGACUUCGAAUGUUAUGUUACCAUUGAACAAAUACCAAUCUGAACAAAAUGCCAUCGAGUUCAGGGUCAACCUUGAAGAAGGCGGCGUGGACUACACAACCCCUCUAUGGGAUACCCUGCAUGAAUUUUUGCCUCAAAAAUCCAUGGCCACUCUCGGGAAUUUGUUCAUAGAUGGCUCCUAUAACUAUUACCAGUCAUUAUCCCCGGAACUGACUGACACACUGAUGCUCAACAUCGUGGGAACUUCAACUCGCCUAUACCUUUUUGGAUUUCUGAUCAAGAGUUUCAUGACAAUCAGAGAAAACUAUUUUGGUGAGGAAUUGCACUUUAAGACACUUGAAGAAUACCAAGAGCUGGUCUAUGUCGACGAGCCACUGUCAAAUCCCACCGGCAUCAACCAAAAACGAAAGUCAAAUGAUAUGGAUGUGCUUGUGCGUGUUACGUUUGAAGGCCCCCGUGCUUUGCUUCCUGUGAAUAUCUAUGAUCACUCAAAGUGCAUGGGACUUAGCGCAGCCUCACUCGAAGCGGACUUGCGCUUCACCAACUACUAUAUGGAUUUACAAUUUUCCAUAACCCCGCUGAAAAUUGAUUUGGAGACCACCCAGCCGGAUGACCCUUCCACUAUCUCUAGCCCUCAGCUGUUCAUCGAUGGAAUCUCGAUCUACGGCCAUCGUCUGUUUGGGUUGCCUCCGCUUGAACCAACCUACGUUUGUAAUUGGGAUUUUGAGGUCGGUAGAAUUGUCGGAGAAUGCUCCACCGAGUUCUUGGCCUGCUUAGCUUCAUCUUUGAAGUCUUUUGAUUUCUCAUUUGACAACGAGGAAAAUGCGUUGCCAAUGCUGUUCGCGGAGCCUCUAUUUGACGUGACUUUCUUGAGAGCCAAGAUUGACUCAAUUCAUGUUUCCGUGCUACUAGAUCAUACAGCUUUGAUUUUGAGCACACGGCCCUUGAGCGUGAACUUUAACGAUUGGGCAAACACCAAGUUUUCGAAACGCAUGAGCCUUCUCGUUCCAGAUAUCUCGAUCGCUGCUGUUGAUCGCCAAUCUGUCUCUCAACACAAUCCAUCAGCAGGAGAAACGAUCUCCCCCAUAGGUCUUUUCCAACUCACACUUGCACUGAAGAUGGCUUUGCGUAAAUCUGACAUUGCCGAAAGUCGACGACUUCAGCAAGAGCAUGUUAAAAUUCAUGAUCAGCGGACUCACAGGGCACAGUGGUUGCUUUUAGACUGGGAGGAGACUGGCCCGGCUUCAACGCUUGCUCCUGAAGACGACUUAUUCCCCCCAACCAUGGCCAUACCUUCAAUGCCUGAGCCUGUUGAUGGGAGGAGUAACUAUGUUCAUGCAAUACCUUGUCAUGGUGCUUCACGACCCCAUCCCACUGGAAGCUCCAGGAGCUUUCUUGUCCAGUCAGAAGAAUCAAGUAUGAAAAGUGUCCGGAUACACACUGCCAACAGCCCCAGAGCAGCCUCGGAUCAUGUGUCUAAAUUACGGCAGUUUAUGCCUACCCGAGGAUCGAGCGCGUGUGUCUCAAGAACCGACCGUUCAAGAGAUGGACUAAACUCCGGGCCUCGUAUAGGGGUAUCCUCGUCUUCCGCGACUAGAGACGCAAACCCGUGGAUAAUGCCACAUUUUUCGUACUACAAGCUUCAUGUGGAUACAUCUGAUCUUCCGUCAUCAUUUACAGAUGAAGACGAUACAAGGGGUGAGGACUCUGCAAUGAAUUACAAGUCCGUGUUUCUCACAUUUGAUGACGAUCAAACGAAAUACACAAAUCUUGCGUGUGACGUCCCGCUUGGUAUUCGAGGGUUUUGUACCCCCAAAUUCCUUCAAAGUCUAGCUACCUUACUAGAUGGACUGGAACCAAAGAAUCCUACGCGAAUUAUUGACUCGCUUCAAAAGGAUGUGGUGUCGAACAUCGUUGGCUACGACAAAGCCAUGAGCCAACCGAAAAUUUCAAUAGCUGUCGCUCUUCGUGUUCCCUCCAUACAAUUGCGACUGGUUGAUCUCUCUGAGGCUCCCAACAACAAACAGAUCGAGUUUCGAGACGAAUACAGUAUCGAGAUCCGUCGUCUGCAUACUGAGUUCCGAAGAAAGGUUGAACGUCAGAAAGGUGAUUUGCUUGAAGGUCUCAAACAAGGUGUGACGGUUCAUGCGGCGGCGGAGCACGUCUCAAUUCACAUCGAGGGUAGUCGAGCAGAUUCUUUCCACGAAAAAGCCGUGUUCAACUCUCACAUGGAAGAAAUGAAUUUCUGGCUCGUGACCUCGCCCAAUGUUCGUUCUAAUCUUCAGAUGCGAACAUUUAAUACAAUGACAUCAGCAAAGUCUGUGGAGCGUCUUGCAUUUCUCGUUCGUCGAGCGACAACUAUGUUUGAUGCUGUCGCGUCAUCCUUUCAACAGCUUUCAACGUCCAGCGAGAAGCGCCUACAGUACCUCCUAUACUCACUCACCCAAUCAGCUACUGAUAUACCGGAUCCAAUCUUCCUUGCGCGCAUAUCUUACGUCCUCAGGGUUUCUACGAAUCAUCUGCGGCAGCAUGACUCAUGGAAAAUCCUAUCUCGCAUUCGCAAAAUUUACGAAGGCCUGCCUGCUCAUCACAAGCGUGAGUUAGAGCAGAAAUGCUUGUGUGAAAACUUUCCUCUGCCGGCGAAUGCCAAAGAGGCAGUAUUAUCCGGAUUUGACCACUGGCGAGCUUGGGACCUGGCACAUGUUGUCAAAAGCUAUGUCAUGCGCCGUGUUUGGCCGCAUGCUGCUGAACGGCAGACUUCUCAGCCUUCAAUGUUCCUAUCCUCCACUAUCCAAACAUUCCGAUUUUCCAUGGAUCCUGGUCCGAGGGAGAGUGAUUUGAUCAUAGGGAAUUUAUCCACUGUUGCGUCAUUUUCUCCAGACUCGCUUGAAGUUGCAGAGGGGCUGAGCAAGAGGCUCAUCACCCUGCAGUCUUAUUGUGGAUCAUCAGCCCUGAGAUUGCGCUGGGAAAUUCUGGACCUUGUUGAAGGGGUGAUCAAGGUAAUGUCGAAUAUCACACUUGAAUCCUCGCCGGGCCAUGUCUCAAGUGACAAGGCUCAAGAGAAGACACCGACCGAGCUGCAAUUUAUGUUUGGUACUGAUUUCGGUUCCAUCACUCUCGACGGUAUCAAUGUCAAGCUUGCUUUGAUAGCGAAAGCUCUCCGGGGAUCGAUCGUUCACAGGUCGCUUGGUGCUAAAAAGUCAGAAGACGAAGUCUUCACGGCAUUAUUUUGUGCUGAAGGAUGUUCAUCUGAGCUCCAAAGUCAAUCUGCGACUCUGAUGUUGUCAAGAAUCGCUGAUCCAUAUAUGUACCUUUCACUUGCAUCAGAUGAAGAUGGCGACGAGUGCAGACACCGUUGGAAGCUCGCUGCUUCCUGCAGGAAGCUUCGUUAUGACAUGAAAGAAGAUCCUGUCAGCUUAGCACACACAGCAGAUAGACUCAUCGCGGAUGAAGUCAGAUACAUCCGACAACUUGUGGAUGUUGUUAAAGUGCCAAAGCUGGAAUCAGAUCAGUGCUUCUCGCCGAACAAACCCACCCGUUACACCUUCCAUGUGGCAAUGUUCUUAGAAGACUAUCGGUUGACGUUUAGCCUUUUGCCAUCUUUGAACUACCUUGUGUCAGGGGAGGUCGCUCGCAUGUCAGUGAUGCCCGUAGAGGCAUUCAAGAUAGAGGUUGACUUUGACGUUAAGAAGAACUCGCACAUGUUCGUAUCUGGCGAAGGCGACAAAUUCAAUAUUUUGUCAACGCUGGAAAUACCUCCCGUAAACGGGCGAAUCCUUGCAAACCUCUUGCCAGGGCGCAAGGAAGUGGAGGUUGAUGUUACGAUUGAACUCAUUCGCCUCGAAACCAGUGCUGUGCGCAGUCUCCUGGCAGUUUUGAAAGGACCUGAUGUUUCCCAUUUGAUUUGUGAUAUCAAGCAAAAUUUAGAUGUCCUUCAGUCACACUUGAAAGACGUGCAGUCGAUACAGAGAUUAUCCCCAUCUCCCAAAUCAACAUCUGGUGGACAAGAGAUCCUCUACAAAUGCCGUUUCACAAUGGCUGGAUGCGAGAUUCAUGCCAUUGCACCUGGCCUUAAUAGCAAAGAUUACUCUGCGGAGAUGAUCUUUAGCCUCGGGAUGAUGCGUAUGCGACUUCAAAAUGGACUCGAUCGGGGAUACGCCAUGCAGCAUCCCGAAUUCAGUAUCGAUGCCCCUCAAAUUAUAUUUGAGCUCCGAAGACAAGAGAAAGUCAACAGUCAAUCAUAUGGCGGUUUCUCUGCUGGAGUGAAGCUUCAAGGAACCUCUGUGGUCCGUGAAAAUGGUGAGAUCACCAGAGCCUACCAUUUCACCAGCAACAGGUUCGAUAUCGAACUGUUCGCCGAGACAGCAGCCCUGGUGGUUGACAUUGCCGUCUAUACACAAGAGCGUAUCAAGACUCUAGACCUUUCCCAUGAAGUCAAACGUCUUAGAAAAUUGAGACAUGGUGGCCACAUCGACACAAAAGACGGAGCCACCGAUGUCCCCGAAAUCCACGUCAAUGACAAUUCCACCCCGGAAACAUUUCUCAACGCUCUUUACUCCUUACAAUUCCGGACUAUUCAAAUUGCUUGGAACAUGGCCACGAUGCACAACAAAUCUGGUCGACAGCCCGAGGACUUGGUCUUUUUAAUCCAGCAAGUUGAACUAUCCAACAAGAAAAAGAACGCAGCAAAACUCCGAAUCGAAAACAUGCAGCUUCAGAUGGUACCACUCGGGGCGGACAGAGGAAAGCGCUCGCUCAAUUCAGCUCUUAUGCCAGAGCUGGUCUUCAACGUGGCGUAUUCCUCCAAAGGGAAGGAAGUAUGGCUUGCUCUACAAGCAGCUGGCAAAUCUCUCGACAUACGCGCCACAUCGGAAUUUAUCAUUCCGGCUAGUAUGAUACAAGACUCAAUUGCUACUGCAAGCGAGGCUCUUCGUGGCGGCAAGGCUGUUUGGGCAACCAGAGCACACUCUCCCGAAAAUACCAAUCCCAACAAAAAUGGCAGCCUUUUCGGCAACAGACGACUGCGCUCUCUCCUCGUCGAUGUUGACUUUGCGGGCGCUACAGUCACGCUUCAAGGAAAAAUUUGCCAGGACCACCAGACAUUGUUAGCGGCCACAUGGAAGGGUAGCCGGCUAUCAGACGCAAAAUAUGGUCAAUAUGUCCAAGGUGAUGCAGCGACUACAGCAACUCUCCGGGCACCGGGAGUGGCACUCAAAGUCCAAUUCGAGGACAACGGUACCGAUGAUCCCGCAUUGAAUGCGGAGUUGAAGGUCGACCCUUCGACGAAUACAUUGUACCCAACCCUUGUUCCCCUUGUUAAGCAAAUGACCGCCACGGUCAAGGAGAUCAUGGGCAACCAGCAGAGCCAGUCACGAAGGUUAUCUGCAGCAGCGAAGUUGCAGUCCCAGAAACCAAUGCAGGAGAAGCCUUUUAAUGCUGCCGACCCAACCAGCAUUCUUGGUCGAUGCAAGGUAAAUCUGGGACUGCUGUUUUGGAAACAGGAGUUUAGCUUAAGCUGCCAGCCAAUUGCAAGAGUCGCGGCUACUGCAAAAUUUGAGAGUGUCUACGUGACUGUCAACACGGUCCUAUCGUCAGAGCAGGGCCGGUUCCUUGCCCUCUCUUUGGCUUUCAACAGCCUAGAAGCAUCUGUAAAGCAUGUAUACUCGAAUGAAUCAACUGCAAGCUUCGAGGUCAAGUCCAUGGUGCUGUCCUUGAUGAACAGCAAGCACCUUGGCCGAAUGAACGGAAUGUCGGCUAUUUUGCGCGUCAGUCCAAUGAAGGUCGCAGUUAAUGCCAAGCAAGUUCAAGACUUUUUGCUAUUUAAGGAGAUCUGGCUUCCAUCUGACAAUGAAACCAACUCGGGUGAGACUGUCCAGCCAGAGCCGUCCGAAACGCAAACCUACAUCGUGCAGCGAUACCAACAGGUUGCGUCGGCGUCCGCUUUCCCGUCGAACACCACGAUCGCGAUUGAGGAGGUUGAAAUUCAACUUGAUUUGGGAUCGACCCUAGGCAAAGCACAAUUUGCCAUCAUUGAUCUGUGGGUGUCUACCAGCAAGACUUCCGACAAUGAACAGAAGAUGUGUAUCAGUUUCGGCUCGGUUGCGAUCGAGGGUAAGGGUCGUAUGAGUGGAAUUGUCGAACUUGGAAAGCUGAAAAUCCAUACCUCCAUCGAAUGGCCUGAGAUUUCCGAUGAGACAGGACACACACCGUUGAUUCAAGCCACGAUUGCCUUCCAUCACCUUCAAGCCAAGGUGUCAUUCGACUACCAGCCGUUCUUGGUUGCACAGAUCUCCAUGCUAAACUUCUUGAUGUACAAUGUUCGAAACACAUCCGGCGCUCAGAGCCAGCGACUUUUCAGCAUCCUAGAAGGCGAAAAACUCCAGCUAUUCUGUACAUCUCUAACAGCAUCACAAACAUUGGCGCUAUUCCAGGCGUGGCAGCGCUUGAUCCAAGACGUCCAAAUAGCCUACAAAGCAUCAUUGCGUGAGGUAGAAAGAUACCUCCGUCGGAAAUCUUCUGUCCUCGCCGAGCCCCUCGAUGUCAGCGCCAAGGAUCUCGCAAAGGAGGACGACCACCGGCCCGAAAAAGCACCCAUCUCUCUACACACCGGAGUCGUCGUGAAGAUCCGCCACGUCAACCUGGGAGCAUUCCCCAGCUCAUUCUUCGACAACCAAAUCUUCAAGGUAGAAGCCCACGACGCCGAAGCCUGCUUCGGCGUUUCUCUCGAAUCCAACAAAAUCCACAGCGCCCUAGGCCUAACACUGGGCCAGCUUCGCGUAGCACUAUCAGGCAUAACACGACCCACAUCCGCGCAACUUGACGAGCUCUCCGUUGACGAGAUCUCUGAGCUAGCCGCCGCAUCCCGCGGCGGAACAAUUCUCAAAGUGCCACGACUAGUCGCGAGCAUGGAAACCUGGCAGGCUCCAGGAACCCACCAGAUCGACUACAUUUUCCGCAGCACGUUCGAGGGCAAAGUUGAUGUCGGAUGGAACUACUCGCGCAUCAGCUUCAUCCGUGAUAUGUGGGAGGCGCACUCGCGGGCGCUCGCGUCGAGACUUGGUAAGCCUUUGCCGCCGUCUGCGGUGCGCAUUACUGGUGGACCGGGUAGUGGUGGUGAAGGGAGUGGUGCGAGCUCUGAGAAGCAGGAGAAGAUUACUGCGGUUGUCAAUAUGCCCAAGUCUAGGUAUACCUAUACUGCGCUAGAGCCGCCGAUUAUUGAGACGCCACAACUGCGGGAUAUGGGAGAGGCUACGCCACCGUUGGAGUGGAUUGGGUUGCAGCGUGAUAAGCUGCCUAAUGUGACGCACCAGAUUAUCAUUGUUACGCUGUUGGGGAUCGCCAAGGAGGUGGAGGAUGCCUAUGGCAAGAUUCUGGGGUCGUGA